UACGGAUACGGAGUACGGAGUAGUGAAAGCAACUCGUCUCCAUCUGCUCCAGGCGCACCCAGCCUCGAAUCCACAAGACCAGCUCCCUUGAAGCACCAAACUUCCCGACGCCUGCAUAAACCCAGAUCGAGCGAGAGCUUUGCGUGGCUGCGGCUGGUCGCGCAAGAGCGGUGAUGCAUCAUGUGGCUCGAUCGGUUCGCUGGCCCGCACCCUGGAAGUACCCCGUCCGCGCCUAACAACCAAAGCCGAACGCAUUCCCCCUUGCCUCGCCGGACGUCGAGCGCGCGCGGGCCGUACCUGACGUCUCAGAGACCGGGCCUCUCACCGAGGGGAUCUUCCCUGUCGCUAGCUUCGAGCGAUUCCUCGUCCUCGCUGCUCGGCGCUUCGAAGCGGACCAAUGGCUCCGCGCUGAGGCAGUCGACAACAGCCGACACCGGCCCUGACCCGGAAGCGAUCCUGGCUAGGAUCCUGGGCCCUCUGCCAGAUCACACAACCCCGGAGGAGGAUGCGACAAGGCGGAUAACGGAGGAAGACCUGGAGUUUGACUUUGACUUUGGCGGCCUCUCACUGCGCGAACUGGCUGCGGAUGGUGCUGGCCGAUCGGCGGCAGACACGUACAAGCCGCAGACCGUAGAAGAUUGUAGGUUGUCCCCAGCCUGCGUUGCGUGCCCUCUUUGUACUCAUAGCCUGGAUAUAGUCGAGCGAGACAAGGCAAAGUUUGAAGACCUCCAUCGAUCCAUCCGAGCCUGUGACGACAUCCUGAGCUCGGUCGAGUCCAACCUGACCAGCUUCCGCGACGACCUGGCCGCCGUGUCCGCCGAUAUUGAGAGUCUUCAGGCCCGCUCGACAGCCCUGAAUGUGAAGUUGGAGAACAGGCGGGCGGUAGAGAAGGCGCUGGGACCAAUCGUGGAGGAGCUGAGCGUAUCGCCCGUUGUGGUGUCCAAGAUAUCGGAGGGUCACAUCGACGAGGCAUGGGUUAAGAUCUUGGCUGAGCUGGAUAGACGGGCAACAGCCCACAAGAAGAACUCUGAACAACAGGCAGCGCCACCAAAGGCUUCGGCAGAUGUAGGGCCUUUGCUGGAGAAGCUGGUUCUCAAGGCCGUCGAGCGAAUACGUGACUUCCUCGUUGCUCAAAUCAAAGCCCUGAGGUCCCCCAACAUCAAUGCUCAGAUCAUCCAGCAGCAAAACUUUCUCAAGUUCAAGGACCUAUAUUCCUUCUUGCACCGGCACCAGCCCGUGCUCGCCGGCGAGAUCUGUCAGGCCUACCUAAACACCAUGCGUUGGUACUACCUGAACCAGUUUACCCGCUAUCAAAAGGCGCUGGACAAGCUCAAGCUCCAUGCCAUCGACAAGAACGACUUGCUUGGCCACGAGGACACGUCCAGAAGAACCACAGUCCUCUCGGGCUCCAAGGUGGCCGCCGCGCCACACGACGCCUUCAACCUAGGCAGGAGGAUAGACGUCCUCAAAACCACCAACCAGCUCGCCAUAUCGUCCUAUCUCGCCGAAGAAGACCAGUCGACCCAUUACCUCGAAGUCCCCUUCCGCCAUUUCAACCUCGCUCUCAUCGACAACGCAACGGCCGAAUAUAGCUUCCUGGCGGCUUUCUUCAGCCCCGCGCUCUCUUUCGCCACCAUUUCGCGGCACUUCAACUACAUCUUCGACCCCGUCUUUACCCUCGGCCAGAGCCUCACCAAGCAUCUCGUCGCCGAAACGUACGACGGCCUCGGCGUGUUGCUGUGCGUCCGCCUGAACCAGCACCUCGCCUUCGAGCUGCAGCGCCGUCGCGUGCCCGCCGCCGACGGCUACAUCAACAGCACCGCCAUGGUGCUGUGGCCGCGGCUGCAGAGCAUCAUGGACGCGCACUGCGAGUCGGUCCGGACGCUGACGGCGGCUCUGCCCGCGCGCGCCCCGUCGGCGGCCACUGCCAAGGCCGCGUCGGCCGCGCCGCACGUCCUCACGCAGCGGUUCGGCCAGCUCUUGCAUGGGGUGCUCGCGCUGAGCGCAGACGUCGGCGGGGACGACGAGCCGGUCGUCGCGAGCUUGCGGCGGCUCCGGAACGAGGUCGAGACGUUUCUGACCAAGGCCAGCCAGGCCUCGUUUGGGACCGACAAGAGGAAGCGGGACCGGUUUUUGUACAAUAACUAUAGCUUGAUUCUGACCAUCAUCAGCGACACGAGCGGGAAGAUGGCGGGCGAGGAGCAGGAGCAUUUCGAGGCACUAAAGACGAGCUACCAGGAGGCUGGGUAACCUCCGGAAGAGUCUGGCCUAAAUGAGUGACCUGGCUUUCGUUUUUAUCAUUCGAAUCCCUGUUAUUCAUAGAGGCUGGUCCGAAUGAACAGGAACAAUACUCUAAUGAUAACACACACGCACACACACACACACACACACACA